AUGCCAAUGGGGUUUCACAAUGUUGAAACCCCACGAGAGGACGUGCCUCUUCUCUCCAAAGCGCCCCCUCUCUCCUCAAAAUUCAAGACCUUCGCCAACAUCUUCAUAUCCAUUGUGGGUUCUGGCGUGCUUGGUCUCCCUUACAGCUUCAAGAAAACGGGAUGGCUCACGGGUUUGCUCAUGCUCUUCCUCGUUGCAUUCCUCACAUACCACUGCAUGAUGCUCCUCGUUCGCACUCGACGCAAGCUUGAAUCCAAGGAGGGGUUCCUCAAACUCAACUCGUUCGGGGAUUUGGCGUAUGCCAUUUGUGGCCCUCUUGGCAAAUUGUUCAUCGAUGUCAUGAUAGGGUUGUCUCAUUGCGGUUUCUGUGUCAGCUACCUUAUUUUCAUUUCCACCACGUUGGCCAAUCUUGCAGGUGACACGUCACCAUGGUCCCUUUUUCUGGGUAUCACGCCAAAGGUCUUGUUUCUAUGGAGUUGUUUUCCCUUUCAGUUGGGGCUUAAUGCGAUCCCAACUUUGACUCUUUUGGCUCCUUUGAGCAUUUUCGCUGAUGUUGUUGAUAUUGCAGCCAAAAGUGUGGUGAUGGUGGAGGAAGUGUUUGUGUUUAUGAAGAAUAGGCCUCCUUUGGAAGCCUUUGGGGGUUGGUCCGUGUUUUUCUACGGCUUAGGGGUGGCUGUGUAUGCGUUUGAAGGGAUAGGAAUGGUUUUGCCGCUGGAAUCAGAGGCCAAGGAUAAGGACAAAUUUGGUGGGGUUCUGGGUGUGGGGAUGUUUCUCAUUUCUCUGUUGUUUGCAGCGUUUGCUUCUUUGGGAUACUUCGCUUUUGGUGAAGAGACUAAAGAGAUUAUCACUACCAAUCUUGGACCAGGUUUGGUAAGUGCUUUGGUGCAGUUGGGUCUUUGCAUCAACCUGUUCUUUACUUUUCCAUUGAUGAUGAAUCCUGUGUACGAGGUGGUUGAGAGACGGUUGUGUGACUCGAAGUACUGCUUGUGGUUGAGGUGGUUGUUGGUGUUUGGGGUGAGUUUGGUGGCACUUUUGGUGCCUAACUUCGCAGAUUUUUUAUCACUGGUGGGUAGUAGCGUCUGUGUCAUUCUCAGCUUUGUAUUGCCAGCUAUGUUUCACUAUUUGGCGUUCAAAGAAGAGAUGGAUUUGAGGUGUAUGGUUUGGGAUGGGGCAGUUGUUGUUUUCGGGUUGGUUAUUGCAGUGACAGGAACCUGGUCUUCUUUGUUCAACAUUCUUGGCCUCAAUGCUUGA